AUGGAAACAUCAUUCGGUCCCACGACCAUCAUCGGCGCUGCCCUCGCCUUGACCAUAGGCGCAUGGCUGAUCCAAACCAUCUAUACGGCCCUGACAUCGCCGCUGCGGGCCCUCCCAGGGCCAUGGUACAGCCACUUCACGAACCUGCCCCUAAAGUCAGCCGUGACGGGCGGGCGGCGUAUCUUCUACAUCGACGAGCUGCACGCCAAGUACGGGCCCAUCGUGCGCAUCUCACCGCGCGAAGUGGCAGUCGCCGACGCGGCUGCGUUCAAGCAGAUCCACGGCGUCAGCGCAAAGUACACCAAGGACGAGUGGUAUGAGAAGCUGACCAACUUCCCGCGGCUGAGCGUCUUCUCGAUGCGCGACCCGCGCGCGCACGGCGCCCGCCGCCGCCUUUUCGCUCGCGCUUUUAGCAAGUCCUAUCUCCGUGAGCAUUGGGAGCCUACGGUGCGCGACAAGGCGCGCAAGGCUGUCGAGCGCAUUAGAGAUGAGGCAAAGCUGGAGGGCGAGGCUGAUGUCAUGAAGUGGUGGACGUUUAUGGCGACGGAUAUUGUCGGCGUGCUGGGCUUCGGCGAGAGCUUUGGUAUGCUCGAGCUUGGAAGGAGGACCGAAUACAUCCGGGUCCUAGAAGCAGCCCUCGUAGGCAACGGCAUCGGGGCCGAGCUCCCCUGGCUCCGCGCAAUCCUCGCGCGGCUCCCGAUCCGCGCGCUCCGAGAAGCGUUCAACUCCUCCGACUACAUCCUGGGGUACGGCACAAAAGCCGUAGCGCAAGCGCGGCGGCAACAGCAAGAAAACAAAUCCUCGAGCGGCAGCGCCACCAACAGCGCGCACGACGCGAACCUAAUGGCAACCAUCAUCGCCGAGGCCGAGAAAUCCGACGCGCGCGUCGACGACCUCGACGUCCGCACCGAGAGCACCUCGCUCAUCUUCGCCGGCAGCGGCACCACGGCCAACACGAUGACGUUCCUGACGUGGGCGGUGCUGUCGCGGCCGGCGCUGCAGGCGGCGCUGGAGGAGGAGCUGGCCUCGCGCUUGCCGGCCGACCCGGCUCUGCUCGCUGAUGCGGACCUUGAACAGCUGCCCCUCCUGAAUGCGGUCAUUAACGAGACGCUGCGCCUCUACUGCGCCGUCCCGGGCAGCUUGCCCAGAGUCGUGCCCCAGGGCGGGGCCCGCCUCGGCGACUACUUCGUCCCGGCCGGCGCGACGGUCAGCACGCAGGCGUACACGCUGCAUCGAGACGAGAAGCUGUGGCCGAAUGCCGCGACAUUCGACCCUUCGCGCUUCCUCCCCUCAGCACCCACGCCGCUGACGGCAGGCGCAAAAGCGACGUUCUGCGCUUUCGGCGCCGGCGCGACGUCCUGUCUGGGCAUCAACCUCGCGUGGAUGGAGCUGCGCUACGCCUCCGCGCUGCUGUUUAGCCAGUGUCGAGGCUUGCGGCUCGCGCCUGCCACGACGCCCGAGAGCAUGGCGCUCGAGAAUUAUUUCGUUAUUGUGCCCAAGGGGAAGAGGUGUUGUGUUAGGCUUGGGGGGAUGAGAGAGGAGUAGGGUGUGUGUGGUUGGGUGGGAGGAGAGGGGGGCUGCUUUGUGAGUAGUUGGGCAAUUUCGGAUCUUGUGCGUUUGUGUCUUGUUGCUGUGGUUGUGCGUGCGUGAGUAUGUAUAUUGGACUG